CUAACAUCGGGAGUUAAGGAAAAAUGAAGGAGGAUUUAAGGAAAGCUCGUGGCAGCCGGUACAGGGCGCUGGUGACGUAACGUGGCCGCUAUCUCACACAGCAUGGCAUCACGACUUAUCGCACUAAUAUUGUGGUUAUGUGGAAAUGUUCUUGGACUCCGUGACAUACAGAUUACAGUACCGGAAGCGGUGGGCGUGGGCUCCAACGCGGUGUUGGGCUGCCGCUGGGCGCUCGAUACCGGAGAGGCGCUCUACACUGUCAAAUGGUAUCACGGUGCUCAAGAGUUUUUUCGAUUCGUGCCAAAGGAAUUGCCAAAUACGAGAGUAUUCUCACAGACUGGCAUUAACGUGGAUGUGUCACGAUCAGGUGCUCAACAAGUGGUGCUGCGUGAGGCCUCACGAGGUUUGAGCGGCCGCUACCGAUGCGAAGUAUCCGCGGAUGCACCUUUCUUUCACACCAUCUACAAGAGCGCAUUCCUAAGAGUUAUAGAUCUACCGACAACGAAACCGAAAGUGCGUGCUCAAAAGAGCUGGUACUCAGCUGGAGACAUGCUAAGAGCGAAUUGCACCUCGCCGCCCUCAGACCCCCCCGCCAAUGUCACUUGGCUCGUCAAUGGAUAUGAGGUAAAAGGAUUAGACAUUCCAGUUAUCGAUACAUACGAGCGCAGUAAGCCGACAUUGAGCGACACAUCACUCGAGGACGCCAAUAGAAUUAUAUUUAGUCCGUGGGACGCAAUCUCAGGCUACGAGGAGACGGUCACAGAUAAUGUAAUAGACAUACCUGGUAAUAUUGGAGAAUUGCAAAGCCUUACUGAGAGCAGUCGGAAAAAUAAAAGUGAAAUGCCCGUAUUCUCUAAAUAUGAUGAUAUUAACAAAUUUAACAGCAGUUCUGAAGAUGAGAAAUGCAACAAAACAUCUUCAUUUAGUCAACUUGUAAUUCGUGUGCAGCCGUCACAUUUUCAAAAGGGUCGCCUAAAUGUAACUUGUGUGGCGCGGAUACUGUCAGUGUGGACGGCGAGUGAAGUUCUCCUUCUAGACGAGGAAAGACCUCAAAUCGCACCCGUCAUGGGCAGUCGGGACUCUAGUUCAGGAGGAUUUCGACACACAUUAAGGAUUAACAUUGGAGUCUUAUACUUGUUGAACUAUAUAUUAUACAGACAGUGGUCAAUACGAUGAUCCAUGAUGGUGGACGGAACUUGUAAAUCUUUGUACCAUUC